GAACCACCAGUCUCUCACUUGUGAUAAUCUCAGAAACCAUCGAAGGUCGAAGUCUUUUCUAUAGGAUUUUUAAAUUUUGAAAAUAUUUCUUUUAAGGGCUUGUUUGGUGUUUAGCUAAUCCCAUCAUCUCUCUUUAACUCUCAUCUGGUCAUCGUCGUCUUCCUUGAGAACUAAGCCAACCUCCCACUAAUCUCUCAAACCCGUCUCGGUACAUUCACUCCACUCCGAACGCCCCAAAAAAAUCCAACCCCAAAACCCUAUAAAACCACAAUCCCAACUCACUCACACUUUCCCCUUCUCUAAUUCCAACUUUUUCCAUCGGUUUUGGAGCUUUCAAAUUCACAGGAUUUUUAAAUUUUGAAUUUUUUCAACCUUUUUUUUUCCCGAAAUUUACAGGGGUUUUGGGGAUUUGUGGUAAGGGCGUGUUUGGUGAUUGGGUAAGAAUGGCCAGUAGGUUUAUCGGAGAUUACGAGGUGGGGGAGCAGAUAGGGGCGGGAUCGUUCUCGGUGGUGUGGCACGGGUGGCACAGGGUCGACGGGACGGAGGUGGCGAUCAAGGAGAUUGUGACCGAACGGCUGAGCAAGAAACUGCAGGAGUCUCUCAUGUAUGAGAUUGUUAUACUGAAGCAGAUUGAUCAUCCCAAUAUCAUCCGGUUGCACGAUAUCAUCAAGGAAACCGGAAGAUUACAUCUUAUAUUGGAGUAUUGCAGAGGGGGUGAUCUUUCUAUGUAUAUUCAACAACGCCAAGGAAGAGUUCCAGAGGCCAAGACGAAGCACUUUAUGCAGCAGCUGGCGGUUGGUCUACAGAUCCUCCGUAAGAAUAAUCUGAUACAUCGAGAUUUAAAGCCACAGAAUCUCCUCCUCUCUUCAAAAGAUGACAACGCUGUCCUGAAAAUAGCAGAUUUUGGAUUUGCAAGAUCUCUUGAACCUAAAGUCCUUGCCGAAACCCUUUGCGGCUCACCUCUGUACAUGGCUCCAGAAAUAAUGCAACUUCAGAAGUAUGAUGCAAAGGCAGAUCUCUGGAGUGUUGGUGCCAUUCUGUUUCAGCUUGCGACAGGAAAAACCCCAUUUACCGGAAACAACCAAAUGCAGUUGCUCAGGAAUAUCAUGAAAUCAACUGAAUUGCAUUUUCCUCCUCAGAGAAAGAAUUUGAGUUCUGACUGCAUGGAUUUGUGCCAAAAGUUGCUACGCGCUAACCCUGUGGAGCGCUUGACAUUUGAAGAGUUUUUUAAUCACCCUUUUCUGUCCCAGGGGCAACCAGGUGAAUUGUUGAGAAAUGUGAGUUCACCAAUAGUAAGAGAUGGGUUUCCUCUAGCUGAACGCAAUCCUGUGAUGAAUGUAGAAGAAAAUUCUCAAAAAGAUUUUUUACCUUUUAGUCUUGACGAUGAUUCCAGCGGCCAUGAUGGGAGUCAACCCUUUGGUAGGAGGCCCCCAAUGAAUUCUAGUUAUGGAUUUUCUCUUGAUUCAAAAAUUGACAGGAAGGUAGUAUCUAACACUUUAAGUAACAUGGAUCCUACUUCCAAGUAUGGUACUAUUCUGCAUGCACCAGAAGACACUGGUUUUAGUCUUGACAGCGACACACCUUUGGAAGGAAAUGUAUAUAAAUCUUUCCAAUCCUUUGGGCAAAGACCAAUGAACAUUCGCUCAAGAGUCGUGGAUUCAUGGGUGUUGAUUGAUCAGGAUUAUGGUUUUGUAUCUCGACCCUCUAUGGAUGCAUCUUCUUCUUCGGCUAGUGCUUCCAAGCUAAGCCAUAUGCCAUGCAAGUUAGAGAGUCCCCAUCAAGCAUUUGCAAGUGUUAACUCCACAUCAAGUUCUUCAAUGCCAAUUGUUAGUUUGACAGGUAGCAGAGUUGGUUGCAUUGGAGCCUUGGACAGUCACAGUGCUGCUCCUUCUGGGACUCCUCAUGAUAUAGGAGAUGCUUUAGAGCAGCCAAUAACUCACUGCAUGACCAGGAUUCGGUCAUUACAGCAGUUUGCAUCUGCCAUCAGAGAAUUAGUCAAUGAAAAGAUUGCGGCAGGCAAUCAACUAGAAGCAUUCUCAAUUGAGCUUGUAAUUCUUGCAAUAUGGAAGCAAGCUCUUCACAUUUGCCAUACCCAAGCCGUGUCAACUAUUGAAGGAAGCCCAGCGCAAGAGCACGGUAGUCCUGAUGUUGACAACUCUCCAACACCACAGGAUAUGUCUUCUCUUAUGGAGAGAGAAUUUCUUCUUGAGAUUGGAAAUGCUGAGGAACUUGCCAAGGUUAUUGAGCCUGGAAAUUCGGAGAUGCCUGAUGCGAUGGAGACCAUAUAUCAGUCAGCCCUUGCUUGGGGAAGACGUGGCGCUGUUGAUGAGUACAUGGGUGAUGCUGAAAAUGCAGCAGUUUAUUAUUCGAAAGCAGUGCAGUUGUUGGUCUUCCUUCUAGUCGAAGCACCAUCCCUCAUUCUAAUUCCUCCAUUCUCCCUUACGAACUCGGACCGUUAUAGACUCCAAACUUACAUUGAUGUCCUCAGUAACAGGCAAAGUCGCUCAAGCUCUCAAAGGAUGGCUCUUCUUAAAUGUGAGGAUCAAAAAUGCAUAACUCAAGGAAUGGGGGGAGGUUUUAACACAUGAUGGCAGCACUAUUUUACUAUGUACAGUAAUUUAUUUGUACAGCUAUUCGGAAGAGUGACUGGGAGAUGGUGGAGUUGACCUGUCUUUUUUUUUCCCGCACGACAGGAGAAACUAAUCUACUCUAACGCCAACUCAACCGAUCAAGAUGGUUAUGGAACUCGUGUCUAUAGGAUUUCAACCCGUAACCUUGUAACACCAUUGCUACUACACGGCUGUUAGGCCAACCGCCUCCUAUAUGUGAAUCUGUUGUUUUUGUACAGAA